AAUUUUACGUAAACAAAUUUGACAAUUAUAAAUGUGUAAAUUAUUUAUAUGCAACGAAUAAUUUGAGUGAAUAAACAGAAAAUUGGAGUUGAACAUUUUACCAAUAUUUUUUUCUCUUGUUUUCUAAUUUUCUUCUAAACCACCCAUUUGUAGAGUGUGAGCGUUUGUAAUUCUUAAAAAAGAAAAAAUCAGUGAAUUUGAGUGUUUAAAAUAAAUGAGUGUGAUUAGUGACUCCAAGGCAUUUGAAAUCACCAAGACUCCUGAAAGGAAUAUAAAUACAGCAAACACACAAUUACAGAGCUCUAAGAUCUAGGCAAAGUUGACCCGAUUUUAUCUUUGUAAGAUUUUUGGUUUCGUUUCUGUUUGUAUAUUAUUCGUUCAAUACCAAUCAACCAACAACUAACAACCAGUAGUAGUAACAACCACAAAAAAUGAACAACAAGGCUGACGUCAACAGACGGGUUUUGGCCAUACAAGCUAAAAAGAAACGUCACAAGGCAAAUAAGAAACGCGGUAAAGCAAAUGGUGUUGCCGGUGGUCAACAACAACAGCAGCAGCAACAACAACAGCAACAACAUUACGAAGUAAAUGAAGAAAAUUCCUCGCCACCAGAUGUUGCCAUCAACAAUCAUUUGGAGGAUAGUGGCCUACAGUCGCCCAAUUUUGUAACAGAUGUGUGCGAUAUUUCGGCAAAAAUUUCUAAAUCUUUCUGUGCAGCCCCCUCCUCAAGCGGUUCAAAUUCGUUAGCUGAUAACACACCUAUAACUGGCUCUUCCAAUACACUGGAUGAGGUGAAUUUUAUGCAAAAGUCUUCGACUACAACAACAAAGAAAUGUAAAGCAAAAAAACAAUCUCAACUUAGUAGUCAACAACAACAACAACAAUGCAAUGAUAACGAUGAUGACGAUUAUGAUGAUGAUGAUUAUCGACAACAAUCAUCCCAACAGCAUUAUGCAACAGAAUCGUUGAAUCACGAUGAUUACAUGCACUAUCAAAAUCAACAGUACACGGAUCCUAUUUAUCAUGCUGAAAAUCAAAAGAGACAACAGCAGCAGCAACAACAACAACAACAGCAGCAACAACAGCAACUACAACAAUAUCUUUAUCCACCACGUAGUUCUUCCAACGAUUCUGAAGAAUCCGAAAUAAAUAGUGAAAACGAUGAACAAGAAUUAAAAGAGGAUUACUGCAGGGGAGGCUAUCAUCCAGUAAAUAUUGGUGAUCUAUUUCAUGGACGUUAUCAUGUUGUACGCAAGUUGGGCUGGGGUCAUUUCUCUACCGUAUGGCUUUGCUGGGAUUUUCAAGAAAAACGUUAUGUGGCCAUAAAAAUUGUGAAAUCUGCUCAUCAUUUUGCCGAAACGGCAAAAGAUGAAAUCAAAAUACUCAAGUCUGUGCGAGAUUCGGAGCCGAACAACCCACGUCGUCAAAAGACCGUCCAGUUAUUGGAUGACUUCAAGAUAUCUGGAGUGAAUGGUACCCAUAUUUGCAUGGUAUUCGAGGUACUAGGUGAUAAUCUCUUGAAGCUUAUUCGCAAAUCAAAUUAUCGUGGCAUACCGAUCGAAAAUGUUAAAACCAUAACGCGCCAAGUGCUUGAGGGUCUUGAUUAUCUGCAUACUUGCUGUAAAAUUAUACAUACCGACAUUAAACCCGAGAAUGUCCUGCUGUGCGUGGACGAUAAUUACGUACGAAAGCUGGCAAAUGAAGCCACUGAGCUGUAUGUUAUGAAUUUUAAAAUGUUUCCUUCGUUUGUGAGCCGGGCUCCGAAAGAGUAUCGCGAACCUCAAAUUACGGGAAAAAUGAGCAAAAAUAAAAAGAGAAAAUUGAAGAAGAAGGCCAAGAAACGUCUAGAACUCUUCAAAAAACAAUGGGAUUACUUGGAACAAACCGGUGCCGAGGGCGAAGACCCUAAUAAACAACAACAGCAAGAAGAUAGUAGUAAUAGUGGUAGCGGUGCUACUUCUAAAAAAUCAUCCGAACUUGUACAAAACGGCGAUGUUUCUGAUGCUGAAAAUGACGAUGAUGAUGCGGUACAAGAUGAUGUAGCCGAAGAGAAAGCGGCCGAUGCUGAUGCUGACGACGAUGAUGAAGUAGCAGUUAGAGGAGAAGAAAAGACUGUUGCUAAAACUAAAACACAAAAUAAACCACCAAUUAAACCAAAUGCUGGUACUAGUGGUAAUAAUGCCGGUGCUGAUGAAAAUGAUGUUUCUACUACGGGAAAUCAGGAAAAUAAGAAGAAAAAGAAGAAGAAGAACAAGAAAAAAGCCAAUCAACAGCAACAGCAACCAAUUCAAAAGGAGGAGCAACAAAAAGUAACUGAAACGAUUUCAACAACAUCGUCCAGUAGUGGCAGCAAUACAAUUAAGGGGGAAUUAAACGAUUCUAGCAGUUCGUCAGCUACUUUAAAGGGACAAUCAUCUAAUGCUGGAGAUGGUGUUAAACAGCAAAAACAAAAGAAUAAGACUCAUCAUCCUACAACAAACAACCAAAAUAAAACGAAUAAUAACAACAACAAUAACAAAACGAACAAUAAAACAAAUAAUAAUCAGAAAAAUUCAAAUAAUCAACAGCAGCAGCCUCCACAAUCACAACAACAACAGCAACAAAUACAACACCAGCAGCAGCAGCAACAACAACAAAUAAAUGGUCCAACAGAACGUCCUCAAAAACAAAUGCCCAGGAAAGAUCCAGCACUAGAACCUUGUGAGUUUGAAGUUAAAAUUGCCGACUUGGGCAAUGCUUGUUGGGUCGACAAGCACUUCACCGAAGACAUACAGACGCGUCAGUAUCGUUCAUUGGAAGUGAUACUGGGCGCCGGCUACGAUUGCUCGGCCGAUAUUUGGAGCACAGCCUGUAUGGCUUUUGAGCUGGCAACCGGCGACUAUUUGUUUGAACCACAUUCGGGUGACAACUAUUCGCGUGAUGAAGAUCACAUUGCCCACAUCAUUGAACUGUUGGGUCCCAUACCGCCGCACAUUAUAUUCCGUGGUGCAUAUGCCACACAUAGUUUUAAUCGUAAAGGUGAGUUGCGCAAUAUUACCGGACUGAAGCCAUGGGGUCUUGUUGAUGUACUACACGAAAAAUACGAAUGGGCAUUAGAAGAGGCUGAAGCAUUUGCUGAUUUCUUAAGGCCAAUGCUAGAAUUUGAUCCAGCCAAGAGAGCUACCGCAUCGGAUUGUCUGCAACAUCCUUGGUUAAGAUAAAAUAAACUAAUUAAUCCCUGUCCAUCGUCAUCAACAUCAUCAUCACCACGACCACCAACAUUGUCUUUAUCAUUUUUAACACCCACUGCAACUACGGCUUCUUCUUCUUCCUCCUCCUCUGUUGCUACUUCUACCUCUUCUUCUGGAUCCGGAUCACCCUCUCCAUUACUACCACCGCAUACACUUCAUCCACGACGUUAUAUACCAUGUUUGUCUCUGCCAGCUCCCAUAGACUGUGACUUAGCUGCCGGUACUUGUAGUACAGCCACGUAUCUGCGGUCACCCUCAAUGCCUGCCGCUAUUCCGUCUAUGGAAAGACCUACACCCUCCAAGAAAACCAAGAAUACACCAAACAACCGAUCUCCAUCUCAAUCCUUAAUAACAUCAUUUUGGCGCCUCUCGUCUUCGAAAUCCCUAUCACCGCAACCGGUAACUGCAACGAAUGCUGCGCAUAGUUUGUGCUGGCGCAAAACACUGCGUCGCAUGUUUAAGAAAAAAUAAGUUUACGAAUCAUAAUAUUUGUAAUGGACGAUUUCUAUGUAUAUCGCUAUAUACGUUUUUAUAUACAUCCGUAUACAAAAUUAUAUAUUUAUAUAGUAUGAAAAUGCAGAUAGAUUGAUAACUUGA